AUGUGGGAUGCGGAGGAGAUCGUCGGGUAUAUGGCGGGGAGAGGCUCAAGGGUGGGGACGGAGGGCCCGGGUGUCAAUGUUCUUGGAAACGUCGUGGGCGCGGUGCCGCAGAAGAAGCGCGUUGAGGAGCAGCGCACAGCGAGAGGAGCUCUCAGGGACAAGAGAGGGGGACAGCAGCAGGUGAAGCGAGAAAUGGGCGAGGGCGAGAUGUGGAAGGGUCGCCCAAAGCCGGAAGGCGGUCAGAGGAGAAGAAGGGUGGGUGUGCAGCUUGUCGCUAGGCUCGGUUACCAAGAAGCCAAAGGCGACGAGGGCGAAUCAGGCAGUCUGGCGCGGAUCGCGGGAGCCGAACACCAAACGGCAGCAAAAAGAAACGACGACGACGAUGACGGCUUGGGCGAUGCAAUGCCGUAUGCCGUGCAGCUGCUGGAGGCGUGGUGGUUGUGUGUGGCGAUGGCGCAAGAGAGGGCUGCUGGCUGUGGUGCACGACUAGAGAGACGAGGACGCGAUGGGAGUGACCUGGCAAGCAAGCAAGCAAGCAAACUCGCUGCUGCUCGAUAA